AUGAGCGGCCCUGACAAGAGUUUGCUCGAUCGCCUGAGCGCGCUGAAGGGCGGCGGCAGUCCUGGGGUUUCGUUAGACCGAUCAUCAAAUGCCCUGAAUGUCUCCCUCACUGGCAUUGAGCCAGCAAAGCCAGCUUCGAGAGAAGAUGCACUGGCGGCCAGACUACGGUCCCUGAGAAACACACCAGAGCGCGAGGAACAUCUUCUUCCGCAACCACAGACCGCAAAAGUUGCGGCGAACUCGCAUCUCUGUCAACAAAAGACCACCGGCACCCGUGGAGAGGCCACACACUCACCAUCAGGGUCUCCAUCCUUCAUCCGACAGUCACGCACGGUGGAACCGGUUGUGCCUGCACCGCCUCAGUCGUCCUCGAAAUCGCCCGCGCCGUCAACCACGCCGGCUCCGGUAGCGACUCAUGCAGAAGCGGGGGAUGACGUCGAUCCCCUCCUACAAACCGACGACCAGACACUCGAGGAUCUGCUCAACGAUGAAGAUCUCCUUGACGAGUCUGUUUCCCGAGGUCGGUGGCGUUUCGACCCCAAGGCUGAGUCCGCCAAGGUGGAUGCCCUUCUGGAAGAGCUCUCGAAAGCUUCGGUGGACCAGCAGGCGACGUCUCGGAAUGAUGCCGGCGCCAAGGGUGAGAGGGCGCGUGAUGCACACAGUGACGAUGAGUCCGAUGGCGAGGAGAUGAGCCGCGAGGUGGAGAACGUGCUCUCCCAGGCUUUCGAUGAAGCAAGGUUGAAUCCCCAGCCCGAAGAGGUGCCCGACCCGCCAGCUCCAGGCAGAAGUCGAGCUACUCCCGGCCACGCGAACGAAAGCGGUCCAUGGGAGGACCAUCAAGGCGAUGGCGACGGCAAUAUGGGGCUUUCCCUUCCGUCUGUACCUUCAACCCUCGCGGCGCCAAAGGUAGACGACGAGAGCGAAGGUGGCCUCUCGCUGCCCUCCGUCCCAUCUGGCGCACCACAACACGACGCUGAAUCGGGUUUCGACAACGAAAUCGCUGCGCGCAUGGCCGCCCUGAGCGGUCUGGGCUCCUCAUCGGAUGGCAUGGGCUUGCCCUCGGUCCCCACGUUCCAGCCGGCGGAUCGCGCAGUGAAGCGGCUGACCUCCAAAGCGGGGUACACGGACGAAGACGCCGACACUUGGUGUACGUGUCUGGGCUGUGAGGAUGUGUACUGCGCGAGGUGCUGGCACGAGAUGCACGUUGGGCCUGCCGCAGCCUUCGACGAUCGGACGCACAAGGCCGUCCGGUUCGUAAAGCCCAAGAAGGAUAGCCAAAGAAGGGUUAUGCUAGGAGCAUCAUGA